UGGCGGUGGCGGUGGCUAGCUUCAUUUUUUUUUCUUCAGGGGUGGUGGCCGCUGUUUUGCUUCACAGCUUCCCCCGAUCGGCCGACGAAAGCAUGGGAAUGUCGAGCGCCGAUUUCUGACCAAACUCGCGUUAAAGUGCUCGACAAGUUGCCGCAAGUUCGCCGCGAGCUCUUCCCAGCGCCCCCAGGAGCUCCGCCGCGAAGCCGAAGGCCGGUGAAAGGCGACGUCGUCGGGACACUUUCCACCAGCGAAGCGAGCCCGCGGACAAAGGAAGCGAGACGUGCGAGCUAACGCUAGCGGGCUCCCGGGGCUAACGUAGCAUUCCUGUGGCCGCGGCGCAAUGCAGGCCAUCAAGUGUGUCGUCGUCGGAGACGGAGCUGUGGGUAAGACCUGCCUGCUCAUCAGCUAUACCACCAAUGCCUUUCCUGGAGAGUACAUCCCCACAGUGUUUGACAACUACUCCGCCAAUGUUAUGGUUGACGGGAAGCCGGUGAACCUGGGCCUGUGGGAUACAGCCGGACAGGAAGAUUACGACAGGCUCCGCCCACUGUCCUACCCUCAGACGGAUGUGUUUCUCAUCUGCUUUUCACUUGUGAGCCCUGCGUCGUUUGAAAACGUCCGUGCCAAGUGGUACCCUGAGGUGAGACACCAUUGUCCCAACACCCCCAUCAUCUUGGUUGGCACCAAGCUGGAUCUGAGAGACGACAAGGACACCAUAGAGAAACUGAAGGAGAAGAAACUGGGAGCAAUUUCCUAUCCCCAAGGACUGGCAAUGGCCAAGGAGAUUGGUUCCGUCAAGUACCUGGAGUGCUCAGCUCUGACCCAGCGUGGCCUUAAAACUGUGUUUGACGAGGCCAUCCGGGCCGUCCUCUGCCCUCCACCUGCCAAGAAGAAGAAGAGAAUCUGCUCUCUCAUCUAAGACUUCCUCUGUUUGAACCGGUUACAGGGGAACACGACCGCCAGUGGUGAGGGUGGCUAAUGACACAGGAGAAACACACCAGUAUACACACAAAACAAUGUACUUCAGUUUCUUUCCUUCCAUAAGUGUAGCUUCAGCAGUUCUACCAACCAUUUCCAUGAAAAAAAAUUUGACGUAGGUUCAGAUUUAGGAGAAAGGGGUUGAAUGAUUUUAGACCCUACGUUUUUUUUCCUAACAACAUAUAUGUAUAGACGAGACUGAACUUUUGAAAUUCUUGAGGCCUUCUGAAAUGGAUUGGAUGUUUUGUAAAAAAUGGACCGUGGAAUGUUUUCAAUUAGUUCUUCCACUGUUUGUCCACCCCCUCUUUUGUUUACAGUCGGUUGGUUGUUUGUCUCGAGUGGAAGAAUCAUUGCCAAAUACAUUCUGCACACAUACUGUAUUUUAGCCAAAAAGAAAGCCUUUGUUCUUUUGUGUCAAACAUCCGAAAUACAGCUGACAAUUAGUUGCUGCUUGUUCAUCUUCGGCAUAUUAUCAAUUUCAGUUUUCCUUUGUUGUGAGGGCAGUCGAGUGUCAUUGCACUGUCAACGAGGAACUCAAAGUGACCAUCUGUGGAGUUCCUGCCUCAAAUUACCAUUCGUGUACCAUAAUCUCUUCUCACCGGGAUUUAGUUUGCAGUCCGAGCAUGUGAUCUGUGGUAAUUCAUUUUCAUGGGUCGGACGCCCCGAGGCAUACUGAAGAAUCACACUGCGCACUACCGGUGCUAAUCAUCCCAGAAAAACCUAAAGGAUCCAGUAUUUUACAUGUGUUGGCUCCAAUUUGACCUGUUGAGUUUAUGGUGUUUUUAUUUUCCUCUCUGCAAUAUUACACUAGAAAUUGUUUCAACUGUGUAGCUGCCCAGGAGCACAAAGCUGAAAACUUAACUAGAUAAUGGAUUAGAACUGUUUCGGUGUUUUGGUGGUGGGGAUCAAGAGCACCUUUAAUGCUCUGUGGGCAUUUAUCAGAAACCUUUUGUGCAGUACAUUUGAUUUUUAAUAGCAUCACUACUGGCUAAGCAAUGUUACUAAGAGCAUUUCUGCCUGCUAAUAACAGUAACAAAGCUACUGUCGGUGAUGGUGUAGUAUACAUGUACUCAUUUUUGUUAUAAUCAUGUAAUUGACCAUUUUGUAUCUUUCGCCACAGAAGUUCCACUUCACUCACUGUAUUGUUUAACUAACACUAUGAAUAUCUUUUGUUUAUUACCUCUACAGUUAACGCUACCUUAAUCUCCCUGCAAGCCUCGCUUUUUGUAAUUAAUGCUGAUAGCAUGUAUGUGCAACAUAUACUGAAAACUAAGAUUAGAAUUGCUACAGUUAUAUUUUUUGCCUAUUUACAAAAAUGUAUUUGAACUACUAGAUCAGGGGUUAAGUACAUGUUGCUCAUCUGUAUUGUAUUCAGACAUCAAGCUGUGCUUUAAUUCAAGCCAAUGUUGUGACUCUUAAGUUUUAUGGACAAAAGCUGUUGUCACUUUUUGAAAAAGCCAAUAAAUUCAAGACAAAAACGGA